AUGUUGGAUAUUGCGCUUCAGAGAAGACCAAUGCCUCUUUUCCAUGAGAUACCAAGCAAAAGCAUUCAGCGAAUUAAAGAGAGUGUUCCGGUUAUCAUUGGAGCAGUUGGCGAAGAGAUUGAAUUGCGAUGUCCUGCUACUGGUGUACCUGACGUAUACAGUGAAGUGAAGUGGGAAAAAGUUAACGGGGAAUUACCGUAUGCCUAUUCAAUCCGCCAAGGUAUUCUGUAUUUGAAAGAUGUUAAACGAACGGAUGAAGGAGUUUACAGAUGCAUCACACGGACUGAUUCCGGUUUGGCAACUGUUACACAUGUUCAUUUGAGAGUCUCCGAUUUUGUGCCAAUGUUUGGUGGAAACGACUACAUGGAACUGAAACCAUUAACCGACGAACAGUGGAGUGAUAUUAAUCUGAAAAUUUCAUUCAAACCCAAAUUACCUAAUGGUUUGUUGAUAUAUACAGAACGACAACAUGAGAAUAAUCCGGAUGAGAUAGUCAAUUACUUGAGUAUAGGAUUAAAAAAUGGCCAUGUAAUUUAUCGAUAUAAUAUCGGCGCUGGACCAGCCGAGUUAAUGAGUACAUAUCCAGUAGUAAUGGAUGAGUGGCAUAAAAUUGAAAUUGUCAAUCAACCAAAUCAAGCUACAUUACUAGUUGAUGAAGAUGAUGCUAUUGAACAAGAUAAUUAUUAUUUCAAUACUGGUGAAGGUAUAUCCAAUAUUGUAAAUGUUGCUGGUACCAAAGAUAAAACAAAAUUGGAACGUACUACCUUUGAACAACCAUUUGUCGGAUCGAUUAGUUCGUUAACAAUAUCCGAUGAAAAGAUCGAUUUUGGUGAAGAUGCCGUGGCUAAAUCACCAAAUAUACAAAAAGAUACGGGAUGUUCAUUAGGAUUGUGCCAACACAAUUCCAUUUGCAUACCAAUGAAUGUCCACAACGGUUUCAUAUGUGACUGCUCAAGUGCCAAAGGCUAUGAAGUUAUUUGUGGAGCUGGAACAUGCGAGUAUCGGUCAGAUGGUACUCAAUCAUGCCGUUGUCCAGUCGGACGAUAUGGUGACCGAUGUCAGUUAUUGGAAAGUGAAGAUGUCGUCGAAUCUGUUCAAUUCAAUGGCGAAACUUCGUACAUUGUAUUACCAAAAUCAAGAACACUUCGCAAUUUCAGCCUAAAAAUGGAAAUCGAGCCACGCUCAAGAAACGACCAAUUAUUAGCAUAUGAAGCAAGUGAUUACAAUCCAAAACGAUCCAAUUAUUUAGCGUUUGCAAUACGUCGCGGAAAAUUUGUUUAUUUUUACAGUAGUAACGAUGGUAAUAUAGAAAUUGAAUCACCAAGUGAAGUGGAAACAAAUGUACCGUAUCAUCUUGAUCUAAAACGAUUCGGUAAUCGAGCAGAAGUGCGGAUAAACGGUACGAAAAUUCCAAGUCGCGGCAAACUUUCAACAUUUUUGCCAGGAACCAACUUAUUUAUUGGUGGUAUACCUUCGGGUAUUACGGUCAAUCCGAGAAUUGGUGGUGCUGCCUCAUUUAAAGGAUGCAUUUCGAAGAAAUUGAGUGCACUAACAUAUAAGAGUCGGUUCCCAUCAAUGAGGAAAGGUUUAUAUAUGGAUCCCUUUAGAGCGAUUGUUCUAAACGGAAAGGAUAUAAAUUUGGCUGAGAUAUUGAAAAAAUCAUCAUAUGAUGUAACGGUAUGUAAACCGUAUACCAUUGAAGAAGACGAAGACAUUAUUCAUAUACCAUUCACUUGGGCUACACCGAUAUCAACGACACGUACAACAAUACGUAUUACGACGUCAAAAUAUCCACGAAUUAAAUCAAUCGAAAAGGAUGAAGAGAUAAAAGAUGAGGUUGAAACAACAGAUGUGACGACAUUACAUCCGAAAGAACGUAUAAAAACUACACCGUGCACCGGUGAAGCUCGUGAAAACAAAAAGAAAAUACAACAUAUCACAAUUUAUAUAAAUUAUAUGUGA